AUGUACCGCCAACAGCCCGCAACACGCCCACUGAGCGGCCGACCAACCUUCCCACGGCGCCUCCUCUCCAGACGCGCUCGCCUCCACCCCGUCGUCCUUGUCCCCGUCUUCCUCUGCGGCGCUCUCCUCUCGCCUUUCUUCACGCAGCAUCUUGGCGGGACAGGGACGAGCGUCAGCGACUUGGCGAGGCGGAGGGCGCCUGAGCCGGUCUAUCGCGCGGAGGACUACCAGUGGAGGAGCGAGGACGUCUUUGCGCCUGCGGAUGCGCCGCCGCUCGAUGCGUCCGCCGAUGACUUUGCCAGCGACUCGGCGCGAGGGACGAGGGCGAAGUUGAAGGCGGCGGGUGAGGAAAGGGUUCUCGCACGGGAAGGACACGGAGACGGAGCAGACGAGUGGGAAUGGUGGGAACCUCCCGCUGCGGAUCCAGACACACCUGACGACGGCGGACUCGGUUCAGGCGCCGACUUGACCUCGUCGAUGUACUACGUCCACUCGGGCCUGCUCUACUUCCGCUCGUCGCCCUCGACCAUCCCCGUCUUCGACCUUGCGAAACCGUUCCCCGUAGCGCCCGCACAGCCUCUCAUCCGACCCCCUCCGUACCCUUCCCAGCCGGACGAAGGCCUCACACGCGCCCCGCCUCCUCCAAAAGACUGGCUCGCACCAGGCGAGAUCUUCGCGCACCCGCCCGGCAAGCGCAAGCACGCUAUCCCGCUCAAGAAAGGUCUCGAAGACCUUCACGCGCCUCUCCCUCCCGCUCCGCCGCGAGUGAACCCCUUCGCCGCCGCUCGAGCACCCGAACGACGCGUGAAUCCAGCCGUCGCGAAUCGCCGCAAAGCUGUUCGAGACGCCGAGGGACACGUAUUGGGACCGAACGCGGCGGCAAUGGCGCUGGCGAGGAAAGAGGGAAAACCGUUCGUGCCGGGUAAGCCGGCGGAGGUGUUGGAGGAACAGCGGAAGGCGCAGUUGGCGAGGAAUAGCGAGAAGGAGAAGCAGAGGCAGCAGAAGGGAUUGAGGGAGGGCAGCGGGAAAUGGUUCCAAGCGGAACAGCAACAGCCAAUACCUGCUGCGGGAGGAGUCCCGGCUCGGCAAGUUGCCGCGCAGCUGGACAACCAGGACGAUGAGGAGGAAGACUCGGAGCCUUGGGCAGCCUUUGCGGACGACUCGUCCGACGUCGGCAGCGACUUGGACGACGACGAAGCGCUCCUCGAAGCCGUCCGCCACCUUGAUCCGGAGGAACUCUCCCUCCUCUCGUCCGAAGAACGCGCCUUGAUCGCCGACCUCCAAGCGAAGCGCGGCAUCGCCCCUCCUCCUCCUCCCGCACAGCCGCCUGUUGCACGCCAAGUCGGACGAAAAGAUUGGCGCGCGGCAGAGCAGCCUGAGAAUGCACGUGCGGCGCAGGAGAAGAGGCUCAAUCCCCAGAAGGUGCCGUUGCCUAAGCCGGUAUUCAAGGGUGCGAAGGGGAUGGAGGAGGACGCAAAGAGGAAGGAACAGCAACUGAAGGCUGCCGCAGAGGCGAAGAAGGGCUGGAAGGUCAGGCGAAAAAGGGAUGUCGUCGAGUUGGGCGAACCGGAACAGCAGGACGAGCCGACGCUAGCGGCGGCCGGAGCCUCUCCGACGACCGACACUCGCGACGAGGACUCCACCACAUCGGCGCCUACCGCCUCCGCCAAUCUCACCCGCCGAGCUGUCUCCUCGACUUCCGCCAACUCUCCUCCCGACCGCCUGCAUCCGAUCGCCCACCUCAUUGAGCGCGCCGAAGCAGAGUGGGACGACAUGCUUCGCAAGCAGAGUCAGACGCUCGACCAGGCUGUCGCCGAAUACAAGCGUCGGUACCGCAUGAACCCGCCGGUCGGGUUCGACAGUUGGUGGCGUUACGCGAUGCAGAACCACGUCGUCCUCGUUGACGAGUACGACCAAAUCUACGACGACAUCCUCCCCUUCCUCGCCCUCAAGCCUUCCGAAUUUCGCGACCGCGCGCGGUCCCUCCGAUCCGACACAUCGCUCCCUUGGCACGCUCACUCUUUCUCGCUCGAGGUCAAAGACGGGACGGUCGUCUUCCCGCCUGGCGGGGCGCCGGGUCAAGGCAAGAAGGAGGACAUGCUCGAGUUGCUGGCCGACUUUGUCGAGAUGCUGCCUGAUCUGGACAUCCGGCUGAGCAGCGGGGACGAACCGAGCGUCGUCAUUAGCGGCGAGGCGAGGCAGAAGCAUGAGAUGGCGGCUAGGGAGGGCAAGGUCCUGAGCAUUCCGUCGUCCUUCGAGAAUUCCGAACCGACCGGCUUCUCGCCCUGGGACUCGCUGUGCCCGCCCAACUCGACCGCGCGUCGCCUCGCUCAGUCUCUUCCAGUCGAUGCGCCCGCCAAGCGACCCUCGAUGCGCAGUUUUGUAUCGAUUGAGCACGAUCGCACGCUCGAUCUCUGCGAGUACCCCGAGGUGCGGGAUCUAAACGGCUUCACCUCCUGGUCCGGACCGCGACCGCACCUCCCCUACCCUCUCUUCUCCUUCACCAAGACCUCGGUCCACGCCGACCUCCUCGUCCCGUUCAUCUCGAAUGACUACUUCAUCGAGAUCGGCCGCGACCCGGUCUGGGAGAGCAAGAAGCACAACAAGGUGCUGUGGCGGGGAGACACGGUGGGAGCGUACCAUGCAAAGGGGACGGGCUGGAGGCAGACCCAGCGGCCGAGGCUGGUCAAGCUCGCCAAUGAGCGCUCGGGCACGACAUCGCUCCACCUCGCCGACCCCAAAGCCGCCGACUCGCUCCGCCUCGUCGACGCCCCGAGCAAAGACGUCUCCGCCUUCUACUUCGACGUCGCCUACUCUGGCCAGCCCGUCCAGUGCAGCUCGAAGGAUACGACUUGCAAGAUCCUCCAGCACGAGUUCCGCUUCGACAAAGGCUUGACGAACGACGAGGAAAACACGUACAAAUACGUCCUCGACGUCGAUGCGAACUAUGCCAGCGGCAAGUUCAAACGGUUGAUGAGCUCGCGCUCGCUCGUCUUCAAGUCGACAAGCUUCCCCGAGUGGUGGACGAGGCGCGUUAUGCCCUGGUACCACUACAUCCCCAUCCAGCCUGACUAUUCAGACCUCAUCGAUGUCGCCGCCUUCUUCAUCGGCGCACCCGACGGAACCGGCUCGCACGACGCCGUCGCCAAGCGCAUCGCCGCGCAAGGCAAAAGGUGGAGCGACGAGCACUGGCGAGAAGUCGACAUGGCGGCUUACUUGUUCAGGCUUCUCCUCGAGUACGCCCGCCUCCUCAAGCGCACCGAUAACGACCUGCAUUCUAUGGAUUAUGACCCAUAG